GUCGGUAAUACUUCGGACCCACGUCUGCAAUUCAAUAAAGGUUAUACCUUGGAUUACACCUUUAAGCAAACGGAAAAUUCUGCUUUGGCACAGCAGUUAUGUCCAGUGAUGUGCAUUUGGAAGAUUGGAAGCACUUUUGGAGGAUUGGAAGCAUAA